CUGCACGAGAGGCUGAAAUAAACCUCGCUCACCUGCACGCGCAACCGGAAGCGUUUGGUGUGCAGUUUUUUUAACGUCCGGUGUGAACGCGGAGCAGCCGUUAGCUGGACUGUAAACACUAGCUAGCUGUUAGCACACCCAGCUAGCCUGAUUUUAGUGCAGCGCUGAAAAGUGAACAAGACGUGUGCGGCUGUACAAGCACAAUGGCCUCCGCUCCCCCCCUCGCCUCCCUGCGCCUCCUCCUCCCUCCUCUCCGCCUGCUGACGGCAGCGAUGUGGCGGGUCACUCGGCAGCAAAGCGUGAAGCAUUAUGGGAUGUUGGAGGACUUUGUUUCCCUGGUGACCGAGGCUGUCCCACAGCUGCUGACUGACAGGCAGAGGAGUCUGCUGCUGCUGGCGCUGAGAGCCAAGGUGACCCUCUGUGACCCGGAUCCACAGGCCGUCCACGCCCACCUGGACAAAAUCCACUCCGUCUCCGAGGCAACGCAGCCGGACGAAGAGGUCGACGAAGGCCGUUCUGCUCUGUUGACUCUGACCGAUAGACUGACGCAGAGUCCGGCGGACAGACAGCGCCUCCUGCAGGAGGUGUUCGACCACAGUUUUGACUCGGCGCUCCAGUCCCUCAUGUCGGACUUCCUGUCCCGGAUCGAGCAGCUGUUCCCCGUGCCCGACUUCAAACAGGCUGCUUCCUGGCUCGAUGCUGCCCCCGGUGGUCUGGAGGACUGUCUGCAGGAGGCCGACAGUGAGGAGCUGAGGGAGCUACUGACCAAUCGGAGCUGUCUGCUGGGACGAGCAACCACCACGGUGGGUCGUGACACGGAGAAGAUCCUCCUCGCGGCCUGGUCCCACCCCUUCGUCACCAAACUGACCAAUCCUGACCCUCCUUCCACCGACACAGAGGUCCAAUCGGAUCCUCUCCCUGACGCGGUUAGUCCCAUCCAGCUGGACGUGGAGCUGGUAAAGGUGGAGGUGGUGGUGAUGACGGAGGACGAACAGGAGGAGGUAGAGGAGACUGUGAUUGGUCAGACCAUGUCGCCGGUGGAGCACGAGGCGUCCAGCGAGCGCUCGGCGGAGGGCGGGGACGACUGUGCUGUCGCACCUGUGAUUCUGGAAGUGGACAGGUUGAAGGACUCACCUGGAAACUUCGCAGACCAAUCAGAAGACACAGUCGACCAAUCGGAUCCGUCCUGCUCUGAGGUCACAGCUAAUGCUCUGUACAGCAUUUCCCAUAAUUCUCAGCGGGUGGCUCACAAGUGUCCUCGGUGUGGAAAAUGUUUCAUCUACCGUUCUCAGGUGAUCCGUCACCUGCGCACCAGUAAGUCCUGCGGGGCGGCUCUAACGGCGCCUGGAGCUGUGAACCUGCUGAGUCAACCCGUUGGUCCCGAGGAAGAGCCCCGCCCCCCGGAGCCCCGCCUCCCGGAGCCCCGCCCCCCCAGGACCCACUCCUGUUUCCAGUGCAACGCCACGUUCAAAACCAAAGCCGAGCUCCUGUCGCACCAGCGCAGCCACCGGGCCCGCCCCGUCUACCAGUGCGGCCAGUGCGACAAGGAGUUCCACCACCUGUCCAGUCUGACCAAUCACAAGCAGACCCACCUGGACAAGGGAGGGUUCACCUGCAGCCGGUGUGAAAAGGUGUUUGAGUCGGCCAAGGAGAGAGACGCCCACCGGCUGCAGCACCGGCUGCCGGACCUCACCUGCACGGUGUGCGACCAGACGUUCAGCUCUCAGACGCAGCUGCUGCGACACCUGCAGACCCACUCGGUGGAGGGAGCCGAGCCCUGCUACAACUGCCGCUUCUGCGACCAGAGCUUCUCAGGAGUGACGCAGCUUCGGAUCCACCAGCGCACGCACACUUUCCGCUCGUACCAGUGCGACCAGUGCAGCAAGACGUACGGCUCUCUGACCGGCCUCCACUCCCACCGGGCGAGCCACACCGCCGAGAGCCGCUUCCUGUGUCCGCAGUGCGGCAAGCGCUUCAAGACCCGGGACGGGUUGGAGGGCCACCUGAGGACGCACACCGGGGAGCGGCCCUACCGCUGCCCCUACUGCCCCAAAGACUUCACCGCGCUCGCCGGCCUCAACGUGCACGUGCGGCGGCACACCGGGGAGCGCCCGUACGUGUGCACGGUGUGCGGGAAGGGCUGGCCGUCCGGAGGCGACCUGCAGAAGCACAUGAGGACUCACACGGGCGAGCGGCCGUACGUCUGCCAGGACUGCGGGAAGGCCUUCUCCAUCUCCUGUCACCUGACCGAACACCGGAGGAUCCACACCGGAGAGAAGCCCUUCUCGUGUCCAGAAUGCGGUAAAUGUUUAAGGAGGAAGUUUGAUCUGAAGAAACACAUGUUGUCUCACAGCGACGUUCGUCCGUACGCCUGCGUUUACUGUCCCAAGAGCUACACCCGCAAAACUCACCUGAACCGACACCUGCUGACACACCGGACCGCUGCCGGCGAGGAGGCGGAGACGGCCGACGAGGCCUGAAACCGAGUCUCAUCCCGCAGUGCAUGUUCUGUGAGCUUUACGUGUCAGCCAUCACUUUUUACAUGGAUUUCCUUCCUGCAGAGAGAGAACCAAUCACGGUGAACGGUCAGUCGCCUCUGCCGUUACGUUAUUGACUCGUGGUGACGAAGCGGCGAGGCUGUCGAGUCCGACCAGCUGCUCCGAUGUGAAGAUCGCAGAAUCUCUACCGUUUUAAAGACUCGGUCCUGGAACAGUCUCGCCGCUGCGUCGCCGCACGCCGCCAUGGUGAGAGCGUGGCUGUUGGUGCGUACGCACCUGUGUAAUGUUUAUGUCGUCAGUGUGACUCUGACGUCGACCCGAACACUAUUUACAUCUCCGAAUCAGCCUUUUUUUUUUUUUUUUUUUUUUUGAGAAACAGGAUUUUUUUUUAACUUUUGGUCGCCGUGGUGAUUUGACGAUGCACGGACGGGUUCAAAAAGACAAGCAAACGCCACACGUGUGAACAGUAGCUGCUCUUUUCUUGUGUCUGUCGAUGAACACCAACACCACUCAUUUCCACCACCUGUCGGUGAGAGCUGUCCCUGUUGCCAUGGAGAUUUUGUAUCUGUGCUCUGCUGAUAUAUAAAAGCUGUUGUGUUAUAUAUUGUAAAGUGACUCUUACUGGCCGUUAUUUAACACCUUUCACAGGUUUCAUUCGUCUCUCCUGACGUGAAUCAGACCCCGGGGCAGCCUGGUAGGAUGUCAACAAACUUUAUUAGCCUCAUCUUGCUUUACAGGGACAACAGGAAGUGUUUCUAUUCGUCGUCGCCCGCCGUCCUUUCGAUAACCUUCCUCAUCCACCUGCUCAUCCUGUACAGGUGAGUGUAGAAGCCGUACUUUCC